GAGAGAGCAAGCGCUCGAAGUGGAGUGAACGAGGAAAGGAUUGAAGGAGAGAGACAUGACAAAAUAUCAAAAGAGGGAAAGCACGCUGUACCAUGCGAGCUAAAUUUGUGACCGCUGGAAUUGAGGAUGUCGGAUUAAUGGUGACUAUCAUAACCCGUUUUCGCAGAGGAAGCUUUUCGAUUGGAACUUUCGAACAGAAGGUCCGCGGGGAAACAUGGCCGAAGGAGGGGCGGGUAAAGGUGGCGGAGAAGACGAAGCCAAGUCGACGGAGCAAGAAGAGCGAAUUCGGCCCCAGCUUCUGUCAGGAACAGGCCACUGCAAGUGGUUUAAUGUUCGAAUGGGGUUUGGAUUUAUAUCAAUGACCAGCAGCGAGGGGAGCCCCGUAGAUCCCCCUCUGGACGUAUUUGUUCACCAAAGUAAACUGGUGAUGGAGGGCUUCCGCAGCCUGAAGGAGGGCGAGCAGGUGGAGUUCACCUUUAAGAAGUCCUCCAAGGGCCUGGAGUCCCUGUGGGUGACGGGGCUGGGUGGGGGACCAUGUGCGGGCAGCGAAAGGAGACCCAAAGGGAAGGUCCCGCCCCAGAAGAACCGCAAACCAAAGGGAGACCGCUGUUAUAACUGUGGAGGUCUGGACCACCAUGCCAAGGAGUGUGGCCUGCCCCCCCAGCCAAAGAAAUGCCACUACUGCCAGAGCAUCAGGCACAUGGUGGCCCAGUGUCCCCACAAGGUGCUGGCGGCCCCCACAGGCUUUCAGGACCCCCUGCACCCCUCUACCUCGACCCACCUGUACCCCGCCGACGAGGAGGAGCGCUCGGGCUCGUCCCCCCUUGAGGGCCCCUCUCCCUCCCCAGAGGAGCUACCCCAGUCACACCGCGUUGGCCCCCAGAGGGGGAGGAAAUAGGGGGAGAGCUGUACCUCCUGACCCCUGACUCUCCUCACCUAAGGAACCCCCCUUAACCCCCACCCCUAAUCUACCUCGCACUUGUGGAAAUAAUAGGUAUAUUUUUGGCAGGACCAGCGCAGCUAUGGCAACGAUCGUCAGGGGUACGGAUGUAUGUGACUGACUGGCUGUGCAGCUAUGACAACCAUUGCUGGGGAUAUGGAUGCAUGUGAAUGACUGUCUCUUUGUGUGUGACUGGUCUCAAUCAGUGCAGCUCAAGAGACGAUAUGGUCUUAAAGAGAAACAAGGUUGGCGGUGAAUCUAAUGACUCUCUGGGUUAGAUGACUGUCUGGGUUAGAUGACUCUGGGUUAGAUGGCUCUCUGGGUUAGAUGGCUCUCUGGGUUAGAUGAUGGCAUCCAUAACUCUUUCUGUGGCAAUUUCUGAAUAGGACUCGCAUCUCUUUUAGAUUUCGGUCCACCUGGUUCAUAUUUAUAUUAUAUAACCGUUCCAAAGGUCAUGAUGCGGCGAUCCAGCAGAGUUAAUUUUAAGCAUUAAGGAUUUUAAAUAAGGCCUUGAUGUAGGAAAGUGCUUCUUAAUCCUGUGUAUUUUAGUUGUAUCCUUCUACACACUAGAUUCAACUAAUCAACUCACCACCGACUUUUUGAUUAGAGUGGGUAACACUGAUAGGCCCUGUAUCAAAACAAUGGAACCUCAACCAAUCAGAAGCAAAAUUAUUCUUUAAUGUGGCCUAUCCAAUCAGUGUAGAGGAGAUUACCAUGGAUACCAGAGUGAAUGUCAUACCUACCAGUAGCCUAACUGUCACUCCUAAACCACAGAAUAUUUUCUAGUUCAGUGGUACUGACAAUUGACUGCAGAGUGCAUAGCAUUGAAUCCAGGCAUGUGUGCAUACUUGCUUGUGUGCGAGUGGAGUUGUGUGUGUGGGGUUGUGAGUGGGGUUGUGUGUGUGUGUGUGUGUGUGUGUGUGGGCUUUUGUGUGUGUGUGUGGGCUUUUGUGUGUGUGUGUGCGAGAGACGCUGACCCUUUCAUAAAACAACAGUGGCAGACGAGAAGUUUCAUCUUUCAGAUUAGGGGCCAACCUCUAGCUGGACUUGCUAUUAACAAUCAUAUUUCAUAUAAUCCUACAGAUGCCUCAUAAGAAACCAUAUAAUCAAUAUCCACCGAUAGGUUUGUUUCAAAACAGGAAAAAAAUACCAUUAUUUAAUUGGACUAGAUCUAGAGUUGGGUUGCUGGCUAAUUAGUUGAACAGUUUAUAAACUCACAAUAUAUGUCAGUAAUAUAUGUAUGAAAGAAUAGCAUAUUAUUAAAAUGUAAGUAAUAUUCUAACAUAGUUUAAGAAAGCUCUGUAUUGUGCGUAGGAUUCUUUAUUGUCAAGUUAACACAGCGUUAUGUUAAAGCACCAUCACACCCCUCUCUCCCUUGACCUGUGUGACAUCACUAUCUCCUCCUUUCACUCUACCCCUCUCUAUCACCAUCUAUCCCCUCUCCUCCUUUGCCAUCAAGUGCCUAGGGCCUGGAGGUUCUCACUGACUUAAUUAGGUAAACCUCAGAAUCCUAGAUAAAGGCCCAGUAACAGUCAAGUCUACAUACCCUCUAGGUCUGUGUGAUGUCACAAUCCCCCUCAAAACGGGAUUCCAAAACCCCGCUGCCAUGUUCCAAAUAGUCCAGAGAUUUACUAAGACAGGAAGGAGGGAGGCAGAAAAAACUCAAAUGCUGGUUUUUGUAUGACGUGAAUCCUCUGCGACUUUCCAGUAGCGCGUAUCCUAAUGAAACGUGACAACUCUUCUCUGACCAUAUUGAAUGUGAAAAUAACUUCUCUGAAGUGGCACUCCACCCAAAAGUUAAUGUGGCUCACUUUGGAAUUGUAUCUUAAUGUGCUGACAAAUCAAAUGACUUUGUAUGAUGACAUCAAACUAGCUUGUGUUUUCUAAAGCUCUAAAACAAACUAUGUAGGCAACCAACUGUUUUUGGUAUACAUUUCUGUACCAAAGAGUAUGGCUUCAUUUGAAGGCAUUUUAAAAGUAGGAAUUGUCGCUUUGCUGUUCCUGCUCCUUUGGAAUUUCUAGGGACGAUUGCUGAAAGUUCAACACUGAGGUUGUUUAUGUACAGCUUUUUGAAUGUGUGACAUGCAUCGAAAUAAAUCCAACAAGUGCACAACAACAGAGAGGAAGAGAAUGACCAAACCACACAACGAGCACAGACCAAGGAGCACUCACCUGGAUAAUAUUCCAUUUUUGGUACAAUGUUUUUUAUUUUUUAUUAUUUUCUUACCCACAAUUCCUCUCAGGAUGAUAAACUGUUCUCAGGGAAUAAAAAAAAAAUAUUUUAUUCUUUUGGGAAUCAUCCACCAAGUUUUAAUGUUUCUGUACCUCAUGUACUGAUAUUAGUUAACUACCUCUUGAGUUAUGCAUAUUUGUGCAUUUUUUUUCAUAUGUUUUGUAUUAUUGAUCUUGUAUGAAUAACUGUAGGACUAUAUUGUACUGAGGCUUUGUGAGUUUUUGAAGGGCCCUUUGUGUUGCCACAGAUUUUUAUCAGUCAUUUCAACAAAAAUAUAUAUAUUUUUUGUUUGUUUCCAGCAAAAUCCUACCUCAUUUCCUGUGUUUCCUCCUGGCCCCUCCUACCACCUCUGUGCAGUUUUUUGUUACAAGCCUGUUGGCACAGGAGUCACAAUGCCAUUUCAAUCAAUCACAUAACUGAAAUAGUAGAUCGGUUGUGACUAUAACAAUUGUUUUCACAUCAAAGACAGUUUUUUAGGCCUUUUACUUCGGUUUGAAAUGGGAGUGUUAAUCACCACAUCCAGGGUGAAUUCUCUCUGCCAGCUAAGUCUGUGUGUGUGUCAGCUUUUCCGAGCAUAAAAUAGUGUUGGCUUAGCUGCAGACAACAACCAGUGAGAAAUCCUCCGUUUUGGGCCAGCUAUAUAGGUAUGUCGUUGGUCAAGUGUUUAUACACCAUUUUUAUACUAACCUCAUUAUAAAAGGAUUUGACUUUGUUGUAAAAUAAAAACAACUUUUGUCAUUGUUUGUAACCACUUGAUAAUGACCGGCAUGAGGUGGACACGAAUAAGAUUGUACUGCGUAUACGCACAAGGAGAUUGUGCCUAUCAAUGUUUUGUCUGAGUAGUCCCACCGCAUUACCAAAUAGCUAUUUUUCUCUGGGUUCGUCAGUAAGUGACCUAAAUGUCAGCCAUUUUGACAACCUCCAAAAAUCGCAAGUUGUGUUGGCUCAAGAUCAUUUCUUUUUGUAAACAACACUAUGUAGUUAUGAGUGGCAUUAAUAAUACUUAACACGAAAUAUGUAGAUUUUUAUAGUAAUAGUGACCUUGCAUAUGUAGAGAUCCUUUUUUUUAAAUGAAUAUUCUUAUUUUUGGACUGAAAAACCAGCUACUCUGAGAUUAAAAGGACAGAGUUUUUGGGUGAAGGCUGCAGUAUUACAUUAUAAACUCACCUCAUAGUCUUACAGUUUGCAGUAAAUGGUCGACUAGUUUACGCCGCAAUAUGAACAAAAAGUACCAGAGUUUCUUCAAAUCAUUGUAACUACUGAUUUGAUUAUUGUCUCAUCUUGCUAUCCUGUUCAGUAUUUAACAGUCAGGUAGGGAAUUAUGUUGUGUGAAUUGCGAACCUCUCAUAGGCUCUGUUCAAAUGCACGUACUAGCACUCCACUUUCAAUACAUGUCCAGUAUGGGCGGAAAUUGGAAUAUGUCCAUUUAUAAAACACAACUGGAGACACCACAUCAUUUUUGGAGGAAUCUGUGACACAAAGGUGUUACGGUAGCUAGUAAAAGAGCUUUUAGGAGCGGUCGGGGACUAACUGGAAAUAUUAACUUUAGCUAGCUAGGCAACUGUUGGCCGAUUUGACUUAUUUGUAGUUAGUUUGCUACAGCACUGCUUUUUGAGAGCAAACCUAAUGCUGCCUCCAAAACUGACAGGGUGUAAACCAAUACAUCUCGAUGUUUGACGUCCCCACUUUCUUAGCGUGUACAUGCCCAAUACAUCGGUUCAUACUAGGUGGGAUCAAGGUGCUAGUGUGGAAUGUAAAAGAAUACUGUCUCUCUAAGGUGGUUGUGUUCAGAUUAGCUUUCUGUUGGGGACUGAGGCACCAUAUGAUUUACUUGUCUAAUAGGCUGCAUUCAGGCGCAUUGAGUCGAAUGUUUCACACACUUGUGUAUGAUGUACUUGACUCCCAUCUUCACUGUCAGCUGCCAAACCAGGUUGACACUUGAUUGCCACAUGCUUGAGAGUAGAGAGACCUAAAUCAACAGUGACACGUUAUUCCAGGUUCAUAGGGUAUUUUCCUUCGAUCCCGUUCAAGACCAAACCAGUUUGAAACAUUAUGAUCCUGAAUGCACCUGUUCUGUGUUAUUUUAACCUUAUUUGAACCAAAACCACUGCUUUCAGCUCAGUUUCAGAAGCACCGCUUUCAGCUCAGUUUCAGAAGCACCGCUUUCAGCUCAGUUUCAGAAGCACCGCUUUCAGCUCAGUUUCAGAAGCACCGCUUUCAGCUCAGUUUCAGAAGCACCGCUUUCAGCUCAGUUUCAGAAGCACCGCUUUCAGCUCAGUUUCAGAAGCACGGCUUUCAGCACAGUUUCAGAAGCACGGCUUUCAGCACAGUUUCAGAAGCACUGCUUUCAGCACAGUUUCAGAAGCACUGCUUUCAGCACAGUUUCAGAAGCACUGCUUUCAGCUCAGUUUCAGAAGCACUGCUUUCAGCUCAGUUUCAGAACCACUGCUUUCAGCUCUGAGUUUCAGGCCUCGGUCUAUCUCUCGUGAUUACUCUACUGGUGAUGCCCCCCAAGUUCAGACUUUUACUUGAUCAGAUUAAGCCUAGUGGAGGAAGAUUAAUUCCAAAUCGACCCCUUGUCCUUCAUCCUUAGCCACUCCUAGGAGAAUUGUAUAGAUGGAUAUUUGGCAACAUUGCCACCUAGCUAUUCUGAAAGUAAAAUGAAGAGAUCACCAGGGGUUGGAACCAAAAAUGUUUUACAAUCGUUUUGUUGUGAACAGAACCAUACAUUUUUUUGUUCGGUUCCACUGUUCCGACUGCAAAAGAAAGUUCUGAACCGGUUCGAACCCCCCAAAAAGUACUGGUUUAUAUUGUUCCUUUCCAUUCCUUUUUAAACCUCUGAAAUCAACUUUUUAUUUUUUUUACAUUAAAUAAUUUCACCAAUCAGUGUGGAUAGAGCAGCUUGCUGUGGAGUGGGCAAGCGACACUUGUUUAAGCCUAGAUAGUGCAUGGGCGCUAUCGGCUGCCUAGGCUAUAGUUGUUUACAUGCACAACCAAGUGUAGGGCAAGAGAUGCUACUGAAAUUUAGCAGAGAAUUAUACCUACGGAGCAGCGGCUUCUACAGAACAACUUUGCAUCUUUGAACUUCUAUCUAACAAGCUUGUGUGUGCAGAGCGGAACCAGAAUUAAAAACGUCUUACCUUUUUGUAGUUAGUAAAUUCAAUGUUAAACGUGAUAACUACUGUAUCUGUAACUAGCAUUGAAACAAUUAAUCCAUUCUUCUCUAAUUAAAAAAUCUCUCCCUAAUGUCUGAAUCAUCACGCUUGUAACGUCAGUAGGCUACAUUAGCCUCGGUGGGGAGGGGCACGUUGCCUACACACUCAGUGAUGCCAAUUUAGCCAUUUUGUUGCUAGAAUGAGCAACCUUUCAGACUACCCUGGCAACUUUUUUUUCCAAACAGCACCUAGCAACAAAUUUAGCUACUUUUAAAAUAGUAUUUGGAACUUUAAGCAACUUAUGAAAAGUGACUCAAACACUAAAAUGCACGCAUGUUCCCUCUCAAUGACACAACAACGUUUUUCUCUGUGUCACACUCAGUCACAACACACGUGCCUGGCUGCAAAAGUGCAUUGUGAGUGACGUCAGCAGCAGGCGCUCAGCUCGUGCACAGGCAGCAGCAGGCCUGCAGCAAUUUCAACAAAUUGCAAAUCAUUGUUGGCUGACUGCAGCUGCAGUAGUACGGGUUUGACAAGCCAAACCCAAUGAAUAUAGUUGGUCACGAAUGUUUGAUCUUGAACAGAACUAUCAACAUGUCUCAAUAACAAUUGUACAGCCAGAAGAACAGAAAAGAGUGGGAGUCUGUACCUGAACAUGUCAAAUCAUAUUUUUUGCCGGGAUGGCCAGUCAAUUUGAGUAACGUUAGUGUAUUCUACGUAAUGACAUCACAACGUAAUUUACCAACAAAUCAACCUGCCUCCAGCAACUUACCCUGAAAAUGAGUUGGCAACACUGCACACUCACAUAUACUGGCAAAGAUUUUCAGCUGGCAGGCAGACAUUUGUAUAAGCUUAGAUCACUUUCGUUCCCUUUUGUGAUUUUGACCCUCAAAUAAUGUCUGUAUUUUCCAUUUGUCUGUUCUGAUCCCUGAACCGGUUCCAACCCUUGGUUUCCACAUAUCCAAUCCUCUGAAAUCUACCGGAGUACCUAGGGUGUAGGGACUAGGGUCGAUUUGUAAUUCAGCAUUACUCUGGUUGUCAUCCAGUAUUAAGUCAGUUCUAGAGAUCUGUAAAGCCUUCAGAAACAAGACUUAUCCAUGUUGUGAUGCUAAGAGGGGGACACUAAAGCACACAAUGCCCGUUAGUGGGUGAAUUAGAAAAUGACUGACAAUGGCGGAAAUUCACAUACCUCAAUAGCCAUGGUGGCUGCUCUGUUCUUGGCCUGUUUUUGGGAACAUUAAUGUUUACUCAUCCUUAUAUCAUGUUUGAUUCACAGAAUGUCUAUACACAAUAAAACCUCAAUAAAACCAUACUGGAAUAAUGUGGAUCUAUGAGGAAAUAGACAACACAAUGCUUUAAACCUUAAUGUUGUCAAUAUAAACCAAUACCUUAUUGUAUUUCCAAGACAACAUAAUGCUUUAGAGAUCGGUUUUAAAGGGGUAUAUAUAUAUAUAUAUAUAUAUAUAUAUAUAUCUCCUUGUAUUUCCAAGACAACUCAAUGCUUUAAACCUUAUGUUCCAGUAGCAGAUACCUCUUUGCAUUUAGGUACAAGUACAGGUUUAGCUCUUGAUUGAAUUAACUUGACUUUUCUCUUGUUGGAGUUGUUCAUUUUUUGUUUUGUUUUCUCUGCCCUUAGUGGCUGAAGGGGUUCUCACCCCUGUCCCCUCGCUUGUGUAAGUUGAGAACCCAAGCACUGAUUGAUUUUAUUGAUACAAAAGUUGUAUUUUAUGUGCAUAUCACUCAUUAUUAUAGCCUCAAUAUAAACAUAAUGCCUUUUUUUUACCUCUGUGAAUCUUGGAUUUAAAAAAAAUAUAUAUGUUUUGAAUGUUUUACUUGAUUUGAAAAUAAACCUAUUAU